AUGGACCACACUGCACACGGUGUUCCGGUCCAUGUUGAGCUUGCUGGUCAUGGAGGAGAUGCUCCUGAUGCUGAUGGCGAUGCUCCUGAUGCUGAUGGCGAUGCUCCUGAUGCUGAUGGCGAUGCUCCUGAUGCUGAUGGCGAUGCUCCUGAUGCUGGUAGCGAUGCUCCUGAUGCUGGUAGUGAUGCUCCUGAUGCUGGUAGUGAUGCUGCUGAUGCUGGUAGUGAUGCUCCUGAUGCUAGUAGUGAUGUUCCUGAUGCUAGUAGUGAUGUUCCUGAUGCUAGUAGUGAUGUUCCUGAUGCUGGUAGCGAUGCUCCUGAUGCUGGUAGUGAUGCUCCUGAUGCUAGUAGUGAUGCUCCUGAUGCUAGUAGUGAUGUUCCUGAUGCUGGUAGCGAUGCUCCUGAUGCUGGUAGUGAUGCUCCUGAUGCUGGUAGUCAUGCUCCUGAUGCUGGUAGCGAUACUCCUGAUGCUGGUAGCGAUGCUCCUGAUGCUGGUAGCGAUGCUCCUGAUGCUGGUAGUGAUGCUCCUGAUGCUGGUAGUGAUGCUCCUGAUCCUGGUAGCGAUGCUUCUGAUGCUGGUAGCGAUGCUCCUGAUGCUGGUAGUGAUGCUCCUGAUGCUGGUAGCGAUGCUCCUGAUGCUGGUAGUGAUGCUCCUGAUCCUGGUAGCGAUGCUUCUGUUGCUGGUAGCGAUGCUCCUGAUGCUGGUAGCGAUGCUCCUGAUGCUGGUAGUGAUGUUCCUGAUGCUGGUAGUGAUGUUCCUGAUGCUGGUAGUGAUGUUCCUGAUGCUAGUAGCGAUGCUCCUGAUGCUAGUAGCGAUGCUCCUGAUGCUGGUAGUGAUGCUCCUGAUGCUAGAAGCGAUGCUCCUGAUGCUAGUAGCGAUGCUCCUGAUGCUGGUAGCGAUGCUCCUGAUGCUGGUAGCGAUGCUCCUGAUGCUGGUAGUGAUGCUCCUGAUGCUAGUAGCGAUGCUCCUGAUGCUAGUAGCGAUGCUCCUGAUGCUGGUAGUGAUGCUCCUGAUGCUGGUAGUGAUGCUCCUGAUGCUGGUAGUGAUGCUCCUGAUGCUGGUAGCGAUGCUCCUGAUGCUGGUAGCGAUGCUCCUGAUGCUAGUAGCGAUGCUCCUGAUGCUAGUAGCGAUGCUCCUGAUGCUAGUAGCGAUGCUCCUGAUGCUGGUAGUGAUGCUCCUGAUGCUGGUAGUGAUGCUCCUGAUGCUGGGAGUGAUGCUCCUGAUGCUGGUAGCGAUGCUCCUGAUGCUGGUAGCGAUGCUCCUGAUGCUGGUAGUGAUGCUCCUGAUGCUGGUAGUGAUGUUCCUGAUGCUAGUAGCGAUGCUCCUGAUGCUAGUAGCGAUGCUCCUGAUGCUGGUAGUGAUGCUCCUGAUGCUAGAAGCGAUGCUCCUGAUACUAGUAGCGAUGCUCCUGAUGCUGGUAGCGAUGCUCCUGAUGCUGGUAGCGAUGCUCCUGAUGCUGGUAGUGAUGCUCCUGAUGCUGGUAGUGAUGCUCCUGAUGCUGGUAGUGAUGCUCCUGAUGCUGGUAGCGAUGCUCCUGAUGCUGGUAGCGAUGCUCCUGAUGCUAGUAGCGAUGCUCCUGAUGCUAGUAGCGAUGCUCCUGAUGCUAGUAGCGAUGCUCCUGAUGCUGGUAGUGAUGCUCCUGAUGCUGGUAGUGAUGAUCCUGAUGCUGGUAGUGAUGUUCCUGAUGCUGGUAGCGAUGAUCCUGAUGCUGGUAGCGAUGCUCCUGAUGCUGGUAGCGAUGCUCCUGAUGCUGGUAGCGAUGCUCCUGAUGCUAGUAGCGAUGCUCCUGAUGCUAGUAGCGAUGCUCCUGAUGCUGGUAGUGAUGUUCCUGAUGCUAGUAGCGAUGCUCCUGAUGCUAGUAGCGAUGCUCCUGAUGCUGGUAGCGAUGCUCCUGAUGCUGGUAGUGAUGCUCCUGAUGCUGGUAGUGUUGCUCCUGAUGCUGGUAGCGAUGAUCCUGAUGCUAGUAGCGAUGCUCCUGAUGCUGGUAGCGAUGCUCCUGAUGCUGGUAGUGAUGCUCCUGAUGCUGGUAGCGAUGCUCCUGAUGCUGGUAGCGAUGCUCCUGAUGCUGGUAGCGAUGCUCCUGAUGCUGGUAGCGAUGCUCCUGAUGCUGGUAGCGAUGCUCUUGAUGCUGGUAGCGAUGCUCCUGAUGCUGGUAGUGAUGCUCCUGAUGCUGGUAGUGAUGCUCCUGAUGCUGUUAGCGAUGCUCCUGAUGCUGGUAGUGAUGCUCCUGAUGCUGGUAGUGAUGCUCCUGAUGCUGGUAGUGAUGCUCCUGAUGCUGGUAGCGAUGCUCCUGAUGCUGGUAGUGAUGCUCCUCAUGCUGGUAGUGAUGCUCCUCAUGCUGGUAGCGAUGCUCUUGAUGCUGGUAGCGAUGCUCCUGAUGCUGGUAGUGAUGCUCCUGAUGCUGGUAGUGAUGCUCCUGAUGCUGGUAGUGAUGCUCCUGAUGCUGGUAGCGAUGCUCCUGAUGCUGGUAGUGAUGCUCCUGAUGCUGGUAGUGAUGCUCCUGAUGCUGGUAGCGAUGCUCCUGAUGCUGGUAGCGAUGCUCCUGAUGCUGGUAGCGAUGCUCCUGAUGCUGGUAGUGUUGCUCCUGAUGCUGGUAGUGAUGCUCCUGAUGCUGGUAGUGAUGCUCCUGAUGCUGGUAGUGAUGCUCCUGAUGCUGGUAGUGAUGCUGUGAUACUGGUGAUGCUUAUAGUGAUGCUACUUAUCCUGGUAGCAAUGCUGCAAACGAUGCUAGUAAUGCUGGUAGCGAUGCUGCUGGUGGUGGAUGCGGUGCUGGUGAUGCCAAUAGCAAUGCUGCUGAUGUUGAUAGCGAUGUUGCUAGCAGAUGAUGGGGAUGUUGCUGAUGCUGAUAGCGAUGUUAUUGAUGCCGAAAGCGAUGUUAUUGAUGCCGAUAGCGAUGUUAUUGAUGCCGAUAGCGAUGUUAUUGAUGCCGAUAGCGAUGCUGAUGAUGAUAAUAGCGAUGCUGCUGAUGUUGAUACCGAUGUUGCUGAUGUUCACAGCGAUCUUUUUCUUAAUAUUGCUGAGAUUCGCUUUAAAGCUUUAUGGAAAAUUGCGGUCGCAACCAACAUCUUUAUCAUAUGA